GGGGAGCGCGAGACUACACUGUUUCGGGCGCUUUGCUUUGCUCUCUCAGUGUGUAUGCGAAUGUGCUCACUGCUCUCUCGUGGAGUGUGUGUGAGUUUUCACCAUUCACCCGUGCAGGGGCCGGUAUAAAGCAUGUAGUACCUGGAUCACCUCGGGGUCUCGAGCCGUAUUCCCACCGGGAUCAAACGGAAAAACGGAUUAUAUUACCCAUUGUGGAAUAGUAUUAAUGGACGCCUAACGGGGAUCUAACGGGGGACUAUAACGGCUGGAGGGGAGAGAGGGUUUCUCUUCUCAGUAAAUGAUCGGAGAGGAAGCUUCCAUUUUGAGAGAGAAUCAUGGCGAGCGACUCCCCUGCCCGGAGCCUGGAUGAGAUAGACCUGUCAGCGCUACGGGACCCUGCUGGUAUAUUUGAGCUAGUGGAGUUGGUGGGGAAUGGAACCUAUGGGCAGGUCUACAAGGGUCGGCAUGUCAAAACAGGCCAGCUUGCGGCCAUCAAAGUUAUGGACGUCACUGGCGAUGAGGAAGAGGAGAUUAAAGCAGAGAUCAACAUGUUGAAGAAGUACAGCCACCAUCGGAACAUUGCUACCUAUUACGGUGCCUUCGUCAAGAAGAACCCACCUGGUAUCGACGACCAGCUAUGGUUGGUGAUGGAGUUCUGUGGGGCAGGCUCGGUGACCGAUCUGAUUAAGAACACCAAGGGGAACUCUCUGAAGGAGGAGUGGACUGCCUACAUCUGCCGAGAGAUCCUUAGGGGUCUGACCCAUCUCCACCAACACAAGGUCAUCCACAGAGAUAUCAAGGGUCAGAACGUCCUGCUGACAGAGAACGCAGAGGUCAAAUUGGUGGACUUCGGUGUGAGUGCUCAGUUGGACCGUACUGUGGGGAGGAGGAACACGUUUAUAGGAACGCCCUAUUGGAUGGCUCCUGAAGUCAUCGCCUGCGACGAAAACCCUGAGGCCACCUACGACUUCAAGAGUGAUCUGUGGUCUCUGGGUAUUACGGCUAUAGAGAUGGCAGAAGGAGCACCGCCACUGUGUGACAUGCACCCAAUGAGGGCUCUCUUCCUGAUCCCCAGGAACCCCGCCCCCAGACUCAAGUCCAAGAAGUGGUCUAAGAAGUUCCAGUCGUUCAUUGAGAGUUGCUUGGUGAAGAGUCAUGGUCAGAGACCCAACACAGAGCAGCUGUUGAAGCACCCCUUCAUCAGAGAGCUGCCCAACGAACGACAGGUCCGCAUCCAACUGAAGGACCACAUCGACAGAACCAAGAAGAAACGCGGAGAGAGGGAUGAGACAGAGUAUGAGUACAGUGGCAGUGAGGAAGAGGAGGAGGAACGGGACAUGGGAGAGCCAAGCUCCAUCAUCAACAUCCCUGGGGAGUCGACGUUGAGGCGGGACUUCCUGCGGCUGCAGCUGGCCAAUAAGGAGCGUUCUGAGGCUCUGAGGAGGCAGCAGUUGGAGCAACAGCAGAAUGAAGAACACAAACGCCUCCUGUUGGCAGAGCGACAGAAACGCAUAGAGGAGCAGAAAGAGCAGAGGAGGAGACUGGAGGAGCAACAGCGUAGGGAACGUGAGAUGAGGAAGCAACAGGAGAGAGAGCAGAGGAGACGCUAUGAAGAGAUGGAACAACUACGGAGAGAUGAGGAGAGGAGGCACGCAGAGAGAGAACAGGUACACACACAGGAGUAUAUCCGUAGGCAGCUGGAGGAGGAGCAAAGACAGCUGGAGAUUCUACAGCAACAACUACUCCAGGAGCAGGCCCUACUGAUGGAGUACAAGCGUAAGCAGAUGGAGGAGCAGCGGCAGGCAGAGCGUCUCCAGAGACAGCUGCAGCAGGAGAGAGCCUACCUGGUGUCCUUACAGCAGCAGCAGCAGGAGCCACGGCCACAAGACAACAAACAGCUGUACCACUACAAAGACACAGCCCCCAAUAACGACAAACCUGCCUGGGCCAAGGAGGUGAUGCGUCGAGCCCAGAGUAACUCCCCUCGUAUACCUCCCAAGAAGCACCACUCCUUUAACCUGCCUGGAGACGCCAGCCUAUCACACCUCCUCCUGCUCCCUGGUUACAACCCCCGCUCCCGCCCCCCCUCCUACCCCGCCCAAUCAAGUCACUCCAGGGAGAGGCUCCUCCAAUCUGAAGGCCAUAAUGUGACUGUUCCGUGUAUACGUGUGUCCUGCACCUCUGAUCCUGCCCCUGACUCCUCUUAUCCAAUCCUGCUUCAUCCCGAGGCCAGAAGGAGGAGCCCUGAGGGAAGAGUCCAGGAGUCUAGGGGGAGGAGUCCAGGUCGACUGGUGGAAGAGCGUUCCAAGCUGAACAGACAGAGUUCUCCAGCACUGCAACAUAAAGUGUCCAACCGUAUCUCUGAUCCAUCCCUGCCCCCCCGUUCAGAGUCGUUCAGCAGCGGGGGCAUACAGCAGGCCCGAACACCCCCCAUGCACCGCCCCGUAGAACCACAGGUGCCCCAGAGGACCACGUCCAUCUCUCCAGCCCUGGUCAGGAAGAACUCUCCUGGGAACGGACCUGCGGGCCUUGCUCCUAAAGCUGGAGCACACCUGAUACGGGCCAGUAACCCAGACCUGCGGAGGACUGAUGUCCCAAUGGAAACUCCCCUGAAGAGGAAGAGCAGUGGCAGCUCCUCCAGCUCCUCUACCCCUUCCUCCAAGGGGGGCAGCAACGAAAGAGGGGCAAAUCAAGCGGAGGGUUCUGGGGCAUCGGCCCAGGAGACCAAAGAAGAAAACAGAGAUAUGACGCUGACACGACCUAGCAGGCCCGCGGACCUGACGGCUCUAGCCAAGGAGCUGAGGGAGCUGCGUCAGGGGGAGGAGCCUAAUCGCCCGCCCGUCAAGGUGACGGACUACUCCUCAUCCAGUGACGAGUCACAGAGUGACGAGGAGGGAGAUGGAGGAAGUAACGACGGCUCUGUGUCUGUCAGCGACAUCCCACGCAUCAUGCCGGCUGCGGGGCAGAGUAGUGGUGAGGUGUACGGUGUGAUGGGGGGACAUAAUGAUUCCUACGGCAACCGUUCCCAAGACAGCACCCUGAUGAUGAGAGAGACCUAUGGGGACAGGAGGCGGAACUCUGCUCUCGCCGACAGCAACGGUUUCCCCGGAAACGCCAAUCUGCCCGAUCUGGUGCAGCAAAGCCCCUCCCCCAUGGUCUCCCCUGGCGAUGGCUCUGGGCGCAGCCACCCCAAAUAUGGCAUGGGCAGUGGGAGUGGCUCCAAGUCCUCCUCCUUCACGCCAUUCGUUGAUCCACGAGUCUACGGAACCUCCCCCACCGAUGAUGAUGAUGAAAACUCUGCCUCUGCUCUCUUUACAAAUGAGCUGCUGCUUCAGGAGCAGGAGCAGGCCAGACUGAACGAGGCCAGAAAGAUCAGUGUGGUCAACGUGAACCCGACCAACAUACGACCUCAUAGCGACACGCCUGAGAUACGCAAAUACAAGAAGCGCUUCAACUCUGAGAUACUGUGUGCUGCUCUCUGGGGUGUGAACCUGCUGGUGGGGACAGAGAACGGUCUUAUGUUGCUGGACCGCAGUGGUCAGGGGAAGGUGUAUAACCUGAUCAACCGCCGGCGCUUCCAACAGAUGGACGUUCUGGAGGGCCUCAACGUCCUGGUCACCAUAUCUGGGAAGAAGAAUAAGCUGCGUGUGUACUACCUGUCCUGGCUGAGGAACAGGAUAUUACACAACGACCCCGAGGUGGAGAAGAAGCAGGGCUGGGUCACUGUAGGAGAGCUGGAGGGCUGCGUGCACUACAAAGUCGUGAAGUAUGAGAGGAUCAAGUUUCUGGUGAUCGCUCUGAAGAACUCAGUGGAGAUCUACGCCUGGGCACCCAAACCCUACCACAAGUUCAUGGCCUUCAAGUCGUUCACUGACCUACAGCACCGCCCCCAGCUGGUUGACCUGACAGUGGAGGAAGGUCAGAGGUUAAAGGUCAUCUAUGGCUCCAGCGUUGGGUUUCAUGUAAUCGAUGUCGACUCUGGCAACCCGUAUGACAUCUACAUCCCCUCCCACAUUCAGAGUCAGGUGACGCCCCAUGCCAUCGUGGUGCUGCCGCGGACCGAUGGGAUGGAGAUGCUGCUGUGUUACGAGGACGAGGGCGUCUAUGUCAACACCUACGGACGCAUCACUAAAGACGUGGUGCUGCAGUGGGGAGAGAUGCCUACAUCUGUUGCCUACAUCCACUCCAACCAGAUCAUGGGCUGGGGAGAGAAGGCCAUUGAGAUCCGCUCCGUGGAGACGGGACACCUCGACGGAGUUUUCAUGCACAAGCGAGCUCAGCGACUGAAGUUCCUGUCGGAGAGGAACGACAAGGUGUUUUUCGCCUCUGUGCGUUCCGGCGGCAGCAGCCAAGUCUUCUUCAUGACCCUGAACCGGAGCUCUAUGAUGAACUGGUAACCCUGGCAACCCCUCCUUACAUCCUCCCUCCAUACUGUACAUGCCUAACCAGAGGACAGGAUGGAGGGAUGAAAAGAGAGAACUGAGACAGAUGAGUGAACACAGAGUGGCGGUGGCUCAGUGGAGACGGGAGGAAGAGAAAAACCGUCUUCCGUCCAACUCUCAUCGCCAGCCAGCCAGACGUCUGCAGUACUAACCUCCCUCCACCAGAGGAACUAGAGAGGAGCUCACCAACAACUUUCCAGAUACGCUCAGACAACACUCUCUCUGUGGUGCGUUUAGUUUCUCUCAGGCACCGUCCAAGAUGGCCCAUAUUCCCUAUACAGUGCAAUACUUUUGGCCAGAGUAGGGAAUAGCGUGCCGUUUUGGAUGUAGCCUCAGUGUUUUGUUUUUGGGAGGUGGUGACGAGGUGCUGGUGUAGUCUCCCUCAUGGGGUCAGGGGUCAGUGACUGAGGGUGUUGUCAUGACCCCUGACCUGUGUGCGUAUAUACGCGGUGGGGCUGAGUGUAGAUUCUUGACUGCAGGAACACUUGAAAAAAUACAAAUAUUGUCACCGGUGGUCACAGAAAAUAUAUAUACUCUUGUCAUUCUUGUUCUAGUUCACCUGUGCUCCCCUCUUUCUCUGUGACUUCUAUUUUACAUUCAAUCUAUUUGGCAUAUUUAUAUUCUGUGUGUUUCACAUCUGUAAAUACACAUUCUAUGAUCUGAAACGGAGCUGCUUCCCUAUCAGACACUCUUACACUGAGACGGAACAAUGGAGGACAGAGAAAAGGAGGAGAUGGAGAGAAUGAUGAGAGCAGUCUUGAGUUUUAGUUCAUCUUCCUCCUGUAGAAAUUUCAUUAAAAAAAUGUGACAUGCUUCUUCAUAUUAAAGACUGCAAGAGAGGGAGGAGUGAUGGAGAGACAGACGUUUGGGUUGGUUAGUUGUCAGGCUUCCUCCUACACCACCUCUUCUCUCAUCUCUUCCCCCCUUCCAUUAGUUGACCUGCUCCUCUACAUUUGCAUAGUGACACCUAUUCCACUUGUCAUCAUCACUUUUGACUUCUAAACUAAGGCAAUACACAGGUGUAGUCUGACUGGACAAAUGCGUGGUUGGAAAGAUUUAAAUUUCCAAAAUGAGACCCACCAUGUUAUAGUCAGUCAAUACCUUAAACUGGGGGUGGGGG